AUGUUUUAUUGUCGAAGACGAUUCAGGAAGAAAAUAAAUAUUUUCAAUGCCUUCAUUAUCGCAGCGUUGUUUAUUGUUUUGCUUCAUCAGAUGUCUAGCAAAAACGAUCACUUGCGUGACUUAAGUGAAUUUUGGGCUAACGUUAAUAUAAGCAAAAAUUUCACUAUGGAAUUUAAAGAUGAAUCGAUCAAAUCGUCGCUUCUAAUACUUCCUAACGUAGAAGCAUGCAAACAAGGACCAAAAUAUCUGAUAAUAAUCAUUUCAAGGACAGAAUCGCUAAAUGUUCGUAAUGCAAUACGAGAUACGUGGCUUAAUGCUAGUAAUUCAAAUAGUUUGAAAAAUGGAUUUGUUGUUGCAUAUUUUCUCGUAGGCAUACAGCAUGACAUUACGGUGAUGAUGAAAAUUAUUGAGGAAAGCAAGAAAUACAAUGAUUUAAUUGUCACAUCAAUUACGGAUAAUUAUAACACUCUAACACUUAAGGUUUACACAGCGAUGUAUUUCAAGCAUAUAUACUGUGAACAUGUAAUGUAUUAUAUCAAAGUUGAUGAUGAUGUCGUGCUUGAUCUGGAUCGUCUUAAUCAGCAAGUUAAUUCAUUUUCAAAUUUAGCUCAUAUUUAUGGAGCUAUACGUUACAAGGAUCCCGUCAUUAGGCGACGUAUGGAUAAAUAG